GGCACCAUCGGAGCAGACACACCGCCAGACAGAGAGACCGCCGCGGCGCGGUGCUGAGACGGGCACGGGAAGCGAUCCAGGGGGCCAGCAGCAGCACCGGUGAGGAUGAGUGUGGGAGACUCAAAUCCGGCCGCAGUGCCCAAGCCAGUGCAGGACGUGCAGGGGGACGACCGCUGGAUGUCACAGCACGCCCGCUUCGUUCUCGAGUGCAAAGACAAGGAGCCCGAUGUUCUGUUUGUGGGGGACUCCAUGGUGCAGCUGCUACACCAGUACGAGGUCUGGCAGGAGCUCUUCUCUCCGCUCCACGCGCUCAACUUCGGGAUCGGAGGCGACACCACGAGCCACGUGCUGUGGAGGCUGCAGAACGGAGAGCUGGAGAACAUCAAACCCAAGGUGGUGGUACUCUGGGUAGGAACCAAUAAUCAUGAGCACACAGUGGAGCAGAUUGCCGGGGGGAUCCAGGCCAUCGUACACCUGAUCAACACACGCCAGCCGCAAGCGAAAGUGGUCGUGCUGGGGCUGCUGCCCCGCGGGGAGCGGCCGAACCCCCUGAGAGAGAAGAACUCGGAGGUGAACGGUGUGCUGCGCUCCUCCCUGCCGCGCCUGGGCAGCGUGCAGUUCCUGGACGUGGGCUCCGGGUUCGUGCAGUCCGACGGCACGAUCUCCACCCACGACAUGUUCGACUUCCUGCACCUCACCCCCGCAGGCUACGCCGCCAUCGCCAAGCCCCUGCACGACCUGCUUCUGCAGUUAUUGGAAGAGACCCCCGAGGAGAGCCGGCCCAUCCUCGCCUGAUUGGAGCAGGGGAGACACGCCCCUUCAAGGAUUGGAUCAGAGCUUAGUUCAGGUUCCAUUGUGGCUGCAAUGGAGAGUCAGUAUUGUGUAUUAAUUGGGUCGCAAACACAAAACAAACUAGAAUAGGAUCUCCUCUAGUCUAUGAAGCGAAUACCAAAUGAGAUCCGCCCUCCACUGGUGCCAGUCUCGUCUCAUUGGAGGAGAGGCUCCCCCUGUCCUCUGCUCUAAUUGGUGGAGAGGUGCUGCCCCUCAUUCUCGUACCCUCACUGAUGCAACACACUAUAGUCUCCACUGGGCCGCAUUGCCAGAUUCGUUGUGAACUGAAGCAGUUGGGGAACAUGAUUUUGGGAGGGAGGGAGGGAGGGAGGGGCGCUUGAGCCUCCUCUGAAUGUACACCUGCUUCUUCAGUUCAGAAUGAGCUCUGUGGGGGAGGAGCCUGGGGAGCCCCGCCCCCCUGGAACAGCAGGGCAGCGAUGAAGCUCCCUCCCCACGCAGCGUUCCAACGCUCCUUCGUUAUUCCUUUCAUGAUUUAUACUUUGUGAUUGUGGUGUCAGGAUGAUGAUUUCCUUCUGUUUUUUUAUUUGUUAUGUGAUAAAUCUUGAUUAACUUUCUAACGCUGGUCCUGAGCGUUGUGCUGAGCUGUAGGAGAGAUGGGAGAUCGUGUGGAGCUUCUUAUUUACACACUCUUGUUAAUUCAGCUGUCACAAUCCUGUCCAACUCUCUAACUAGACAUAGACCCAUUCCAGUCCUAUCCCAACUAAUAGCUAUUGGCAAUCAUGUCACUGCAUUGUACAUAUUGACUCCCUGACUGUACCCCCGUAUCACUGCAUUGUACAUAUUGACUCCCUGACUGUACCCCCGUAUCACUGCAUUGUACAUAUUGACUCCCUGACUGUACCCCUGUAUCACUGCAUUAUACAUAUUGACUCCCUGACUGUACCCCCGUAUCACUGCAUUGUACAUAUUGACUCCCUGACUGUACUCCCGUAUCACUGCAUUGUACAUAUUGACUCCCUGACUGUACCCCCGUGUCACUGCGUUGUACAUAUUGACUCCCUCCCUGCUUGUCUAUUAAGGGCUUGGUAUUGACUCCAUAUAGACCCCUGAAGUGUAGAUGUUGUAUUCCUGACUGGCUAGUAACUUAUCUGGACACUAACUGGACCUUGUGAUUGGUUCCCAGUCUCUCGUUGUUGGUAUUGACUCCCUUGGUUGUAUAUUUUAGCUGUACAUUGACCCCCUGGUCUGAGGUAUUGACCCUCUCUCCCGCUCAGCCUAAUUCUGUCUCGGGCUCUGCAGGCGACUCCUUGUUCAUUGAGAAUCCUCUGUGCCAGAACAGAUCUUCCUCUGCUUUCCUUGCCCUCUCGUCUCUCUCAUGCCAGUGCUCUCGAGAUUCAGAACAGGGGCUCCCCAGCGACUACAGCAGAACAGGGGCUCCCCAGCGACUACAGCAGAACAGGGGCUCCCCAGCGACUACAGCAGAACAGGGGCUCCCCACACAGGAGCCUGCAGGUCUGGGUGCUUGCAGUGUCUGUCCCCCGCAAGGCUGGCUGCAGCUGAGUGAGCGAGUGAGGAGGAGAGCACUGCAUCCUGGGUACCUGCUUGUGUGGUUUAAGCCUUGCUUAGAUUCGACACACCCCUGUCUGAUUGUACAGGCUGGGUAGAAAGUUUGUUUAGCACAUCAGUGGUUAAACUUAGCUUUUAAUCCCCUGGAGUCUGUGUGCUGGCUGGGCUUGUAUUAGCAUGCUUGAUGAGUAUUCCAGUAAAAACAAGAACCAGUGGAACAGGA